UGUGGCAGACUGGCAACUGGCAGUGUGCUGGCAGUUGGCCUGCGGCUGCAGCUGUUCGAUUGCAAAGCGAGUGUGCGGUGUCGGAGACCGGAGUGUUUUGAAAAAAUUAUGGUUGCAUUGUUGUGGUGAAAUAGUGCAAUUAAAGGAAAAAUAAAAGUGUUAUUUUCUAUGUGAUUUUCGUUAAUUGUGAGUUUCUACAUAGCAAAGAAAACCAUUAUGGAUUUCAAUACAGCCGCCGAUCACGUUUUUAAUGCUGCACGAAACGGGAAUCUUACGCGAUUAAAAAUGUACCUACACAGUUGGCGCUCUGAGGAGCUGAGCAUGUUAGUAGGUGCCAAAGUGACAGACGCCACGCCGCUGGUCAUCGCAUGCAGGAACGGCCAUUAUGACGUCGCCGAGUACCUGAUCAAGCGGUGCAAAGCCGACAUCGAGCAGCCUGGUUCAGUAACGUUCGACGGUGAGACGAUAGAGGACGCCCCGCCGCUGUGGUGCGCGGCAGCAGCUGGCCACUUGCCACUCGUCCGGCUCCUGGUGCGAGCGGGCGCGAACGUCAACUCCAGAACCUUCACACACAGCACGCCGCUGCGCGCGGCCUGCUUCGACGGACACUACGAGAUUGUCAAGUUCCUAGUUGAAAAUGGCGCAGAUAUAGAAAAACCAAAUCGACACGGCCACACGUGCUUAAUGAUAGCAUGUUACAAAGGCCACCUCCACAUAGCCAAAUACCUCCUAUCCCUGAACGCUGACGUCAACAGAAAGAGUGUUAAAGGGAACACGGCCUUACACGACUGCGCGGAAAGUGGGUCGUUAAAUAUACUGAAGAUGCUGUUGGAUCAUGGGGCGACGAUGGAUGUUGACUCUUAUGGUAUGACCCCCCUAUUAGCGGCAUCUCUAACGGGCCACACGCACAUAGUCGAACACCUAAUCAACGCAGAGUACGGUUUGGUGACGCGGCAGCAGCGCAUCGACGCACUAGAACUGCUGGGAGCUACGUACGUGGACAAGCGACGCGACAUGGUCGGCGCGCUGGCUCUGUGGAAACGGGCUAUGGACUAUAGGUUUCCAGCAGACGGCAGCGAGCCGAUCCCCAAGCCAAAGGACAUCCCGCGGAUAGAAGCGUACGACUACGCGGUGGAGCCCAGCAGUGCGCAGCAGCUGGAAGAGCUGCUCGCCGACCCCGACGCGAUACGCAUGCAGGCGCUGGUCAUCAGGGAGAGGAUACUAGGUCCGGCGCACCCCGACACGUCGUACUACGUGCGCUACCGCGGCGCGGUGUACGCGGAUGCGGGCCGCUUCGCGCGCUGUCGCCAGCUGUGGCACCACGCGCUCGACAUGCAGCGCGCCGUGCUGCCGCCGCUGUCGCCGCUCACGCAGUCCAGCCUCUACAGCUUCGCGGAGCUGUUCUCCUACAUGCUGGCCGAGAGAGCGCGGCCGCCGCUCAGGGGUCGCAUAGUCCCACCAGUGACAUUCGAAGACAUCGAGCCAGUGUUCACCAAAGCCCUGUCACAGAUACACAUGGGCUUGGAACUGUUGAAGUUGGACUUUGGCUUCUUGUAUGGACGCAAACACACCAUGACCACCUUACACAAGUUCCUGGAGAUAUCCCUCCACCUGGCGGCGCUGAUGGCGCGGCUACUGGAGGAGCCGGAGUGUACUGAAGACGUUUCUAGAAAAAUACAUAAGGCUGUGUACUCACUCGUUGAAUUAGAUAUUAAGGUUCUCCGGCGCUCGAUGCUGCACAUCGCGUGUUCAGACGACGGUGGGCGGGGGAGGGGUGCGGGUGCGGCGGGUAGUGGCGCGGUGGGCGCCGCGGGUGCGUGGGCGGGCGCGGGGAGGGAGGGCAGUGAGGCGCCCUGUGCCGCGUUGGUGGCGCUCAUGCUGAGGCUGGGCGCGGAGCCCAACGCGAGGAACCUAGUUGACGGGAAUACUCCGCUUCAUCUUGUUUGUAAAUUAAACCCGUGUCCCGCCGAAGUGGUCCGCUCAUUGCUCAACCACGGAGCCCACAUCGACACUGUCAACUACAAGGGCGAAACGCCCGAAGAAAUACUCAGCUCAACCCGCCAGAACCUCACCUCCAUAGUCAACCCGCUCAAAUAUACCACGUUAAAAUGCCUCGCCGCACGCACAGUCAAGAACUAUAGGCUACCCUACGCGCAUAUCGUCCCUCAGUGUCUACAUGCUACCAUUAACACGCAUUGAAAUCACUCUGUACAAACACUACUCUGUGUAUCUUGACUGAAAAAUAAUGUGGUACAGUGUCCAAAUAUGUAAUCGAUAAUGUUUAGCUGCUAGUAAGCAAUUGCUCUGUGACAAAACUAAUCUAUGUUUACUCUGUGGCUACACUACUCUGUGAUUCUAACUUGACAGAUAUAUUAUGUUCGAAUAUGUAAAAUCAAGUCUACCUACAAGAAAUACGCUUCUAUAGUAAACCCGCUCAAAUAUACCACGUUAAAAUGGCUACUCUGUGUAUUGUUAUUGAUGUUUACUCUACUUAGAUGACUCUGAAAUUACUCUGUACAAACACUACUUAUACACAGAGUAUCCUGACUAAAAAAAAAAUAUGUGUUACAGUGUUUCGACAAUCAAUAAUGGAAUUUCUCUGUGACAACACUACUCUGUGUCUUCUUAUUGAUAUUUACUCUGUGGCUACACUACUCUGUGAAUCUGAGGCUGAGAUCUACAGAGUGUACUUGACCUUGCUCAGACUACUUGUUGAAACGAGAUACAUUUUUGUCACAUUUUCACAUUUUUUAUGACAAUAUGAAAGUCAUGAUUUUAUGUCAUGUAAAGUACGCUCUGUAAGGGCCGGCGCACAUAUGGCGGAGCGCAACGCAGAGCAUUUUUCACAGUCAAAAUGUUAUCGACAUUGUCCUCAUUGCAAUAAUAUCUAAAAUCAACAUCCGUGCGGAUACUCGCGCAUUCUCUGGUACAAAUUCGCGUAAUGUGUCACGCGAUUAGAAAACUUCGCGGGCAUGCUCUGCGCUGCGCUCCGCCAUAUGUGCGCUGUCCCUAUAUCUCUACUGGAGGUAUAAUAAGAUGUGUAACAGAUGUUCAAACAUGUCAAUCAGUCAAAACCUUACGUCCCUAGUGAAAUAUAAAGUUAGAAAUGUCUGGCUUAGCGCAAGGCUACUUACCCGAAUAAACCUUUGUUUUAUAUUCGCAAUUUUUUUCUCAAUUUACACAAUCACUGAAUAUAUUUGUUUUGCAUGUUUUUAUUCGUAUAGAUAUUAUAUUUUAAUAUAACGCAUUUAUAUUGACUUAAAUGUGAUUUACAGUUUGGGUAUUAAAAAAAAUAUAUACUAAUCUUGGUAGCCACUAAAAUACCAAUAUUAGUGUUUUAUAAAACAAUAUUAAUUAAUGUAAAGAAUUGAGAUUGUAAAUGUUAUUUAACAAAAUAUAACGUAUAUUUGUAGAAGUAAAUAUUUCAGACCCUAUUUUUCAAUCGCCUUGAUGAUGUUUUUGACAUUUUUCAAUACAAAAACUGAAAAUAUCUUUAUUCCUCAAUUAAUAUAAUGUUUUAUUGUGGCGAUUGAAAAGAUGGUCUUAAAUGGAAAAAUAUUGGUAUUAUAAAUGUCACUGGUUAGAAAUGAAUCACGAAUCAUGUGUAAAUUAUUGUCAAAAAUAAGACAAACUUAAUGUUAGAUGUCUAUUUUAAAUGAAUUUGUAGUGAUAAUGGAGAUAAAACAAUUUCAUAUGUGUUAAUUGUAAAUACCAGAAGAUUUUUAGAGGCCGAAUUAAUUCAUGUGGUUUUUAGUAAUUUACAAGAUAACUUUCAUAAUAAUUUAGAAGUUGGCAAACAAACCGGUGUAAUUGCGAGAGAUAAAAUUUUUCGUUUAGGAGUAAAAACUGAAAGAAAGGUGACGAAACUUGUAAUUCUCUGUAAUUAUGCCGUUUUGUUCGAAAUCAAUAACUUUGGAGUUAUUUUUGUCGCACCUUUAGGCCGUUUUGUUUAAAUAUUUCAUCAGAGUUGUAUUCAAUCAUUUAACUCACCGACUUUGGACUCAUGUUUAGCACAAUUUUAGGCUCUUUUGCUUGGAAAUAAUUUCAGAUUUGUAUUCAAUACCAAAAACGACUGCAUGAAAAAAAAAACAAUUUUGAUCAGAAGUGCAGUUACACCGUUUUGUUCGCCAGCUCCUCAAUUAUCUCAUUUAGAUUAAAAAAUUAGAUGGAAUAAAUACGCGACAAACUCUAAAAAUCGUCAGAGUUUUUUGUGACUAAACUAUAGACUUGGUGACGAAGCAUACUUAAAUUGUGUCAUUAUUACAAGCAUGGCGUUGACUAGUCUUUUUAUAGUGUAGAUAACCUUUUUUUUUAUUCAACUAUCAUUUAUGUAUAACAAGAGUGGAAAAUUAUGAGAAAUCUUAAGUGUAAAAACUAGACAUAAGUAGGUUGAUUAUUAUAUUAUUUGCCAGUGUAGACCGAUCAGUAAAAUCCGCUUGCAUCCUUCCAAGUUAUAAAUACUUCCAUACUAAUAUUUUUAGUAAAAAAGUCUGUCUGUAUUUUUCAACCGCUGAAUAGAUCUUGAUGAAAACCACAGAUAUUUUUAUCCCGGAAAAUUCAAAGAGUUCCCAUGAGAUAAAACUUAAAAUUUAAAUCUAAGAAAAUGAAGAGUGAUUAGGCAUUUUCGAGAUAGGCAAGCACAACCUAAGGCUGCAUCAUUUAAGUAUUACUGUUAAAUGUAAUUGCAGUCAAGCGCAGCCUAUAUUAUUAAAAAAAAAUUAAGAUGUUGAAUUUGCAGACAUGAAUAAUGAAAAAUUUUAUCUAGCCAUUUAGAACUGUUUGUGAAAGGCAUAACGAUUUCAAAUGCAAGCGGAGUUUGCCUUCGGCCGGCGUUGGCUGUAUGGAAAAUAAAGUAUAAAUUUCUGUGUAUAUUGUGAUGAUGACAAAAUGGACAUAUUUUGGAACUGAAUUGAUUACAAAGUGUUAGUAUAGCAUAGUUUUGUAACUUGCGCAAGCUGUUUGUUUGUUAGUUAAUGUGCGUAUUCUCAUAGUAUAUUUUGGAAUUAUCGAUACGGCGUGAUUAUGUAUACUAGUUAUUUUUGAAAUUAAUAAAAGCUUUAAAAAUUA